GACUGUUUGAGCAUCUUUUGGGAGUGGUGACCGAGCCGCAGAAGGCUGCAGCCUUGCCCGGCCCCAGACAGCGCUGGCAGCAGGUGGAUCUCCAGCUCGGAGCAGAGACUCCCCCGCAGGCAUCUGCAGAUGGAACUGGAUGGACCCAUGAAUGAGAAUUUAGCUGCAGGAAAGAUGGCUUCUUCUGCCUGCCCCAUGGACCCCAUCGAUAGCUUUGAGCUCCUGGAUCUCCUGUUUGACCGGCAGGAUGGCGUCCUGAGACAUGUGGAGCUGGGCGAGGGCUGGGGCUGCGUCAAAGACCAGCAGGUCCUGCCAAACCCCGACCCUGAUGACUUCCUCAGCUCCAUCCUGGGCUCUGGAGACUCACUGCCCAGCUCCCCACUCUGGUCCCCUGAAGGCAGCGAUAGUGGCAUCUCUGAAGACCUCCCAUCUGACCCCCCAGACACCCCUCCACGCAUCGGACCAGCCGCCUCCCCAGCCGGCGGCCAUCCUGCCCAGCCUGGCAAGGGGCCCUGCCUCUCAUAUCAUCCUGGCACCUCCUGCCCCACCACACCCCCGGGGCCAGUGGUCCAAGUGCCUGAAGCCUCUGUGACCAUAGACCUGGAAAUGUGGAGCCCUGGAGGAAGGAUCUAUGCUGAGAAGCAGGCUGAACCGGUGGGCCUGUCACCACGAUGCAAUCUCACGGUGAAAGAUCUGCUGCUUUCGGGCAGCAGCGGGGACCUGCAACAGCAUCAACUGGGAGCCCCCCACCUGCUGCGACCUGUGGCCGGGCACUGUCAGGAGCUGGUGCUGACCGAGGAUGAGAAGAAGCUGCUGGUGAAAGAAGGCAUCACCCUGCCCAUCCAGCUGCCGCUCACGAAGUAUGAGGAGCGAGCGCUGAAAAAAAUCCGCCGGAAAAUCCGGAACAAGCAGUCCGCCCAAGAAAGCAGGAAGAAGAAGAAGGAAUAUAUCGACGGCUUGGAGACUCGGAUGUCAGCUUGCACUGCUCAGAAUCAGGAGUUACAGAGGAAGGUCUUGCAUCUUGAGAAGCAAAAUCUGUCCCUCUUGGAGCAGCUGAAGAAACUCCAGGCCAUCGUGGUGCAGUCCACCAGCAAGUCAGCCCAGACAGGGACCUGUGUUGCGGUCCUGCUACUGUCCUUCGCCCUCAUCAUCCUCCCCUCCAUCAGCCCUUUUGCCUCCAACAAAGCCAAGAGCCCUGGGGACUUUGCGCCUGUGCGAGUCUUCUCCAGAACUUUGCACAAUGAUGCUGCCUCCCGCGUGGCCCCUGAUGCUCUGCUGGGCUCUGAGGCCCCUGGACCCCGACCUGAGGCUGACAAACCCAAAGAAGGGUCUCCAGGCAGCCCCAGGGCAGCCUGGGGCUUCCGGGACACCGCGGACCUGACCAAUUCGAUGGAGGAGCUGGACAAUGCCAGCCUGGUCCUGAGGAACAAGACGGAGGGGCUGGGCGAGGUCGCCCUGCUAGACUGGGUGGCACCCGGGCCAAGCACUGGCUCCGGACGUGCAGGGCUGGAGGCGGCGGGGGAUGAGCUGUGAGCUCCAUCAGGACUGUGCUCCCAGGCCCCUCUGACCAGAGGCGCCUUGGGGGUGCUGUACUGGACGGCGACCCACCUGGGGAUGGGAAGUGAGGCAGAGAUCCUGUCAGACAUGCCAGGAUGGGGAGACACAGCUCAUAGCCACACACCCAGAGCCUGACUGAGGCCCACGCAGGAACUGACACUCAGACACGGACAAAGAGAGGGCCAUGGGGCCCAGGAAAUACACACAGAGCCAGACGCCGAAGCAAUGAGCAGACACACAGCCUGAAAAAGACCUGGACAGACAGACAGACACUGCCUGAAACAGACACAGACAGACAGACACAGCCUGAAACAAACCCACACAGGCAGAGAGACAGACAGCCUGAAGCAGAUGUGGAAGAACAGACAGACAUAGCCUGAAACAGACCAGCACAGACAGACAGACAGAUAGCCUGAAACUGAUGUGGACAGACA